GCGCUCCGUGCGGGACGUCUUCCUGGCCGCCGUCGCCUGCAGGGCAGUCAAGAUGGCCGCGCGCUGGAGCAGCGAGAAUGUGGUGGUGGAAUUCCGCGACUCGCAGGCAACAGCAAUGUCAGUAGACUGUCUCGGGCAGCAUGCGGUGCUUUCUGGGCGCCGCUUCCUCUACAUUGUUAACCUGGAUGCCCCUGCUGAUGGCCACCGCAAGAUUUCCCGCCAGAGCAAGUGGGACGUUGGGGCUGUGCAGUGGAAUCCCCACGAGAGCCACGCCCACUACUUUGCUGCAUCGAGCAACCAACGCGUUGACCUGUAUAAGUGGAAGGACGGUAACGGGGAAGUUGGCACUUCCUUGCAAGGACACACGCGUGUCAUCAGUGAUUUGGACUGGGCGGUGUUUGAGUCAGAUCUCCUGGUUACCAGUUCAGUUGACACCUACAUCUACAUCUGGGACAUCAAGGACACACGAAAGCCUACUGUCUCCCUCUCUGCCGUCGCUGGAGCCUCCCAAGUAAAAUGGAAUAAGAAAAAUGCCAACUGUUUGGCAACCAGCCAUGAUGGGGAUGUGCGCAUUUGGGACAAACGGAAACCAAGUACUGCUGUGGAGUAUCUGGCAGCACAUCUCUCUAAAAUCCACGGCCUGGAUUGGCACCCAGACAACGAAAACAUUUUGGCCACAUCCAGUCAGGACAACUCCGUCCGGUUCUGGGAUUACCGACAGCCCCGAAAAUACCUCAACAUCCUGGCCUGCCAGGUUCCAGUCUGGAAAGCCAGAUACACGCCUUUUAGCAAUGGGCUGGUGACAGUGAUGGUGCCCCAACUUCGAAGAGAAAACAGUCUCCUCCUCUGGGAUGUCUUUGAUCUCAACACCCCAGUUCACACCUUUGUAGGACAUGAUGAUGUCGUGCUGGAAUUCCAGUGGCGGAAACAGAAGGAAGGGUCAAAGGACUAUCAGCUGGUCACCUGGUCUCGAGACCAGACCCUUCGGAUGUGGCGAGUCGAUUGUCAGCUACAGCGGCUGUGCUCCAGUGACCUCUUGGAAGGGGUGGAAGAGCUGAUCGAUGGGAUUUCCCUCCUGCCAGAGGCAGACAAGGCCCUGCCAGCCCAAGAUACUGAGCCCCAGCAAAACUUCACCCACGGAGAGGAGGAAGUUUUCAAAGGAGAUUCCCAGAAAGGCUUCCUGGUGGGAAAGAAGCUAGACCAGCUGGGCCUGCCUCAAACCUUACAGCAGGAGUUCUCCCUGAUCAACGUGCAAAUCCGCAAUGUGAAUAUGGAGAUGGAUGCUGUCAAUCGGAGCUGCACGGUCUCGGUGCACUGCAGCAACCACCGGGUGAAGAUGCUGGUGAUGUUCCCGGCACAGUACCCGAACAACGCUGCCCCCUCUUUCCAGUUUGUCAACCAGACCACUAUCCCUUCCACCAUGAAGGCCAAGCUGUUGAAGAUCUUGAAGGAUACCUCCAUGCAGAAAGUGAAACGCAAUCAGUGCUGCCUAGAGCCGUGUCUGCGCCAGCUGGUCUCCUGCCUGGAGUCUGUUGUGAACCAGGAGGACAGCUCCAGUGACCCCUACGCCCUCCCGAAUUCCGUAACACCACCUUUGCCAACCUUCCCGAGGGUCUCAAACGCCUAUGGCUCCUACCAGGAUUCCAAUAUCCCAUUUCCGCGUACCUCUGGAGCAAGGUUCUGCGGGGCAGGGUACCUGGUCUACUUCACCAGACCGAUGACAAUGCACCGCACCGUCUCACCCACUGAGCCAACCCCCCGAUCCUUGUCAGCCCUCUCAGCCUACCACAGUGGCCUCAUCGCUCCCAUGAAGAUCCGCACAGAGAGCCCUGGCAACUUGCGGUUGUAUGGUGGGAGUCCCACUCGCAGUGAAAAGGAGCAGGUCUCCAUCAGUUCCUUCUACUACAAGGAGAGGAAAUCCAGGCGAUGGAAGAGCAAACGCGAGGGGACGGAUGCCGGCAGCCGGCCAAUCAAAGCAGCUGGAAAAGUCAUCAUUCAGGACAUCUCUUGCCUGCUCCCUGUCCAUAAAUUGUUAGGGGAGAUGUACAUACUAAACAUGGCGGAUAUUCAGGAGACCUGCCAGAAGAACGCAGCCUCAGCCUUGACGGUGGGACGCAGAGACCUCUUGCAGGUUUGGUCGCUGGCCACGGUGGCGACCGAUCUCUGCCUUGACCCCAACGCUGACCCAGACUUGGAGACCCCCUGGGCCCAGCACCCUUUUGGCCGCCAGCUCCUGGAGUCUCUGUUAGCACACUAUUGCCAGCUCCAUGAUGUCCAGACCUUGGCUAUGCUGUGCAGUGUCUUUGAGGCCCAAUCCAGACCCCAGGGCAUCCUGAAUCCCACAGGGCUUGCUCCUCAGCGCCCCUCUAGCCACAGCCGAUAUCCCAGCUUUACCUCCUCAGGCUCUUGUUCCAGCAUGUCAGACCCUGGCCUGAGCACCAGCAGCUGGAAUAUAGCCAGCAAAGAGAUGGAGCACACGCUAGGCUGGGCUGAAUCUUCACCUGAUGACUUCCGCCUUGGGAACUUGGUGUAUGCUGAUCCCCGGGACCGAGAGAAAGACCAGCACGACAGGAAUAAAAGGCUUCUGGACCCUGCCAACACGCAGCAGUUCGACGACUUCAAAAAGUGCUACGGAGAAAUCCUCUACCGCUGGGGCCUGCGAGAGAAACGUGCUGAGGUCCUCAAGUUUGUGUCCUGCCCCCCCGAUCCUCACAAAGGGAUCGAGUUUGGCGUCUACUGCAGCUACUGCCGCAGCGAGGUGCGUGGCAUCCAGUGUGCCAUCUGCAAAGGCUUUGCAUUCCAGUGUGCCAUCUGCCACGUGGCCGUGCGGGGCUCAUCCAACUUCUGCCUGACCUGUGGUCACGGAGGACACACCAGCCACAUGAUGGAAUGGUUCCGCACCCAGGAAGUGUGUCCCACUGGCUGCGGCUGCCACUGCUUGCUGGAGAGCACUUUCUGAUGGGGCAUCUUCAGCAGCUGACUUGGGUCACCCCUGGUCCAGAUGAGCUUCAUCUGAUCGGGAACAAAGGUCCCAGAUUGCUUCUGACGGGGAUGGCCGGUCUUCUCGAUUGCAGGGACACUCUACACUCUUUGGCAGAAGUGAGGCGCAGUGGCUAGUGAUUCCAAACCCUUUUGAGGGUGUUCUGUCCUAACAGUGCAAGAGAAGAGACGACUGAAGCUGGAGAACAACUUGGCGUGAUGAAAGGUUCUUGCACGACAGAGGGAUGGAUAAUAGUCCCCCACAAAAUAUGCACUUGGAAUUCAGUGCUUCCAGGAGACUUCUGUUCAGUUAGAUUAUUGUUGCUUCUUUGAACUAACUUCAAAGGUCUUGGUAUUAAAUGAAGAGGUCAGAGUGAACAGAGGAUUUUUACCAAGACACGGAAAAGCCUUCUGUCUUCGCAGGCUGGAUUGCUUGAAUUAAUUGGCCUGUCCCUUGGGAAGAAGGCGGUGUCUGACUGGAGCAUGGACUUUCUCACCUGUCCCGUGGCAGGUGUUUCACUCCCUUCUUCGUCUGCCACUGUAAGAGUACCCUUUUUCCAAAGAUGGUUGAGCUGCAAUUGCUCAACUGGAGUUGACUAGCUUGAUGAAUGUGGGAGCAGGCUCUCUAAAGAAAGGGGGCCUUGGAUUCUCAAACAGCAGGGCCAAUAUUUGGCUUUGGAUUAACAAUUUCAGGAUUGAGCUACCUUUAUUGUUGAUGGUGAAAUGCAGUCGAACCUGGUGGAAUGGAUGUGGGGAAGCCAGCAAUCGUAUACAUUCUUUGCGGGUACCAACAGGAAUCUGGACUGAGCCCUCCUGCUUUGGGCUAGAUCCUUUGGUGCCUGGACUUAGGUUUGCUGACCCUCUCUGAAGCAGAGAGACUAUGUCAUGCCAUUUCCUUCAAGCCUUGAAGCUGAGGAAGUGUAUUUUUGUAUAUUCACUUCAUAAUUAAGAACAUUUGAUAAAGUUGUCCUGUUCUGCA